GCUGUCUCCUUCCUCCCUUCUCCUCUCUUGCUGUUCAACGUUCAAACGCUUCCUCCUCCCUCGGUCGCCCAGUCGCCAUUGACGACCACCUCCACCUCCCUCCCCUCCCUUAAAUCCCUCCUCUCCCCGCCUCCCCUCCCCACCCAACCCAUCCGCCCCUCAUUCCCUCCAGCUUCACCGAAUCAGCAGCCCGCCUCAAAAAUCUCCAAGAAACCAUCUUGGAAUCCAAGAACUCAAGAAUCGAAGCUAAGGAUCCCAAGAACGAGGUCGACGGUCAAGAAAUCCAAGAAUUUUCGCGAAGAACGCUAGGAGGCGUCCCGAGAGGAGGAGAAGAAUUGUGUAGACGAGAGUCCGGGGGGGAUUAGAGAGGGGCCAAGAUGGUGAGGCUGCCGUACACUACGGCGCUGACGACGCUGUUCAGCUACGGGCUGCUCUUCGCGUUCGGCCAACUCAGGGAUUUCUUCCGCAAGCUUGUCGACUGGUUCAAGGCAAAAAACGUCAAGGGGUAUGCACCGAUCUGCCUGGGCUUGGAGGAUUUCUACGUGCGCCGGCUUUACCUGCGGAUCCAGGACUGCUUUGGUAGACCAAUUGCUAGUGCACCAGAUUCUUGGUUUGACGUUGUUGAGCGCUACUCGAAUGACAAUAACAAGACAUUACAACGGACCUCGAAUACCACCAGAUGCCUCAACCUAGGAUCAUACAACUACCUUGGAUUUGCUGCAGCAGAUGAGUACUGCACUCCGCAUGUUAUCGAGUCUCUCAAGAAAUACUCACCAAGCACCUGCAGUGUUCGUGUUGAUGGAGGCACAACCAAACUUCACACCGAGCUGGAGGAGUUGGCUGCACGCUUUGUUGGAAAGCCUGCCGCUAUCCUCUUUGGCAUGGGUUAUGUUACAAACUCUGCCAUCAUUCCCUGCCUAAUUGGAAAGGGGGGGCUGAUAAUUAGUGACUCACUAAACCAUAAUUCAAUUGUCAAUGGUGCAAGGGGAUCUGGUGCAACUGUGCGGGUUUUCCAGCAUAACUCCCCUGCCCAUUUGGAAGAGGUUCUAAGAGAGCAAAUAGCUGGUGGUCAGCCACGGACACACAGACCAUGGAAGAAGAUCAUUGUCAUUGUUGAGGGUAUCUACAGCAUGGAAGGGGAGCUGUGCAAACUCCCUGAGAUCAUAGCUGUCUGCAAGAAAUACAAGGCUUACACAUAUCUGGAUGAGGCCCAUAGCAUCGGCGCUGUUGGGCAGUCUGGCCGAGGCGUUUGUGAGCUCCUAGGGGUUGACCCAGCUGAUGUAGAUAUAAUGAUGGGUACUUUCACAAAGUCAUUUGGAUCAUGUGGUGGAUAUAUUGCCGCAUCAAAGGAGAUAAUUCAGCACCUGAAGCAUAGUUGCCCAGCCCAUCUCUAUGCUACUUCCAUGUCACCGCCAGCAGUGCAACAAGUUAUUUCUGCUAUUAAAGUGAUCCUUGGAGAGGAUGGCUCCAACAGAGGUGCCCAGAAACUUGCACGCAUUCGUGAGAACAGUAAUUUCUUCAGGUCAGAGCUCAAGAAGAUGGGUUUUGAGGUUCUUGGCGACAAUGAUUCUCCUGUUAUGCCCAUAAUGCUCUACAAUCCGGCGAAGAUCCCUGCAUUUUCUAGGGAGUGCCUCAGACAAAAGGUUGCUAUUGUUACUGUGGCAUUUCCUGCCACACCUCUCCUACUUGCAAGAGCGCGUAUCUGCAUUUCUGCUUCACACACCAGGGAGGACCUGAUGAAAGCCCUUGAUGUUAUCAGCAGAGUUGGUGAUCUUGUGGGCAUCAAAUACUUCCCUGCAGAACCACCGAAGAUUGCUGAAGCGGAUCAUGACAAGCUGGAGUAAGGAUGAACCCUGAUUUACCCCAUGAACAACUCAAGUUUUUUGAACCCCAAGCAAAGUUAUCGACAAAUCAUUAUGGAAACAAGUGCAUCUUGAGCAGUUUCAUAGCGUUGAUUUGGGAUUUUGUCGAUACAUGAGAAUCCAGAAUCCAUCUUGUUAGCUGACUAUUGUUUGUUGAUUGUACAACUAUCCUUCCAAAUGUGUAUAGCUGGUCGAAGUUCAAUUAUUCUAUUGUUAAUUAAUUCUCCUUAUGUAAUACAAGAUAGGUGCAAUAUAAAUUUUCAGAUAACAUCUCUAGUGAUUUGCUUCUAUGAGAUCAUUGACA